AUGCUGAGGGGCAAAAGCUUAGUGAUAGGUUCAGUUCUGCUAAAGGACGGGAAUGUUUUAUUUGACAGUGCUGGACCCCCGCAAUCCAUUUUCGGCCAUAACAUAAGCCGCAGCACAAUCUUUGACUAUAACACUGUGUUUCGACACGGAUGGACACCAGAAAACGUGGCGCAAAAAAACAACGGCGAAUCAUGGGCAAUACGGGACAAGUGCCCAGCGGAAAACGACUACGCCAAGAAAUGGGACGCCGAGCGAGGACCACAGCCCAGAAGGAAGUAA